AUGUCUCUGGCGCAUGGCAUUCCGACAGCUGCUGCGCCCAGGCGUGCAGGCCUCAUGACCCCGGCAGCUCUGUCAAUUGUCAAGCUUCUCGGAUUCUCGCUCAUCAACCUGCCUCUGUCGUAUGCUGCUCCGCUGUUCUCCAAGUCCGACUCGCCCAUCUACAGGCGCGAAGAGCCCGAGCCCAAGUCGCCAGAUGAUCCGCAGCUAUGGGUCUAUCUAGGUGUUGCCAUUGCCCUCGUACUCCUGGGAGGAGUCUUUGCUGGCCUGACCAUCGCACUCAUGGGCCAGGAUGAAAUCUACCUGCAGGUAAUUGCUACAUCGGGCGAGGGAAGUGAGAAGAAGAGUGCGGCCAAGGUCUUGCGCCUGCUCAAGAAGGGCAAGCAUUGGGUCCUGGUCACGCUGCUGCUCAGUAACGUCAUCACCAACGAAACUCUGCCCAUCGUCCUGGACCGCUCGCUGGGUGGUGGCUGGCCCGCUGUGCUGAGCAGUACCGUCGUCCCUCAAUCCAUCUGUGUCCGUUUCGGUCUUCCCAUUGGCGCUGCCAUGUCUCCUCUCGUCCUGGGCCUCAUGUGGAUCAUGGCCCCGGUGGCCUGGCCCACUGCAAAACUCCUGGACUGGUUGCUUGGUGAGGACCACGGCACCGUUUACAAGAAGGCAGGCCUCAAGACGCUUGUCACUCUUCACAAGACUCUGGGCACUACUCCCUCCGACCGCCUGAACGAAGACGAAGUUACCAUUAUUAGCGCUGUUCUUGACCUCAAGGACAAGCCUGUUGGCGACAUCAUGACUCCUAUGGGUGACGUCUUCACCAUGUCGGCUGACACAGUCCUCGACGAGAAGAUGAUGGAUACCAUCCUGUCUCAGGGCUACUCCAGAAUUCCCAUUUACGCUCCUGAAAACACUCGUAACUUCAUCGGCAUGCUGCUGGUCAAGAUUCUCAUCACAUAUGACCCUGAAGACUGCCUGCGCGUUCGCGAUUUCGCCCUUGCCACACUCCCUGAGACCAAGCCCGAAACAAGCUGUUUGGACAUUGUCAACUUCUUCCAGGAGGGCAAGUCCCACAUGGUUCUCGUAUCAGACUUUCCUGGCCAAGACAAAGGUGCUCUCGGUGUCGUCACUCUUGAAGAUGUUAUCGAGGAACUUAUUGGAGAAUACACCAGGGGCAACCUUGUCGUGGAUGCCCCUGCCACUGAUGAUGAUACCGACGUCGACGAACGUACUCAUCUGCUUGGUCCCAAGGAUUCAAGCAGUCAGAGCCGUAAGUCUUCGUUGACUGGAUCUCGCGAGGCCACUGUUCUGCUGCGCAGACGUAGCAGCACAAGCAGUGACAAGAACCGACCAUUGCCCAUCCGCUCAAACACUGCCGAUCUGCGUCAGCACUUGAAACAUCUCGGUCCAAGCAACGUUGCAAGCCGUCCAAAGGCCACCAAAUACACUUCUGUGAAGAUCAAGCCCGGUGUAGGAACCAUUCCUGAGAACCAUGUACCUGCCCCUGUCUCGACACAAGAACCUGAGUCCAGUCAGGUGGGCACUCCUCAAACCGUCAUCAACGGUAGUUCAUCCAGGCCUGAAGGCGGCAUAGGUGCUGGCCUCAUCGGCUCGGCUGCUCUUGACGCUCAAGACGGAGCACACGCUGUCGCUCAUGGAUACGGUACAAUUUCUCCUGGCUCCAAGAACCCCUCUAUUCACGAAGAGUCUGAAGUGCAGGCCGAGAACAACUCGACUUCACCCAAGCCCAUGACCGCUAGCGAAGCAUCUGCUUUUGCUGAUGGUCACACUGCAGCAAAGCUUGAGACCAAUGAGAACCAUGGUCGUGAGCAGGAGCAGCAAAACGGUACCCACGAGUCUUCUGAACAAGAACAACCUGACCUGCCUCAAAAAUUGGUCGUGCAAGGAAGCACUUCCCGCCCUAUUUCUCGGGACAGAAGAGGCUCGGGAUCAUCCCACUCUACGUUAGGAGAAAUGGAAGAUCGUCCGGGAUACAAGUCUCGCCGUGCGGUUCGAUCCGGAAGUAUCACAGAGAACAUCAUUGACGUGAAUGGCAUGAAGAAGGUGGUCCUGGAAGCCAACAGCUCUUCCGAUGGAGAUGAACAAAAGGGCGCCGAUGCUAGCGACGGCGCGAACGACAAACGUGGUCAAGAUGAUGCCGGUCACGAUGAUGCUGGUCACGAUGAUUCAAAGGGCACCAAAAAGAAGAAGAAGAAGAAGCGAGCAGGCAAGAAAUUCCGCAACAAGGGCGACUCCGUCAGGAGCCGUAGUGGCGACAGUACUCCUCUGUUGAACCAAGGCGAUCGUUAA